GAUGUCCCCCGUGUCCUGCGCAUGCGUACGGUGCGCUGUCUGACCUUGCCUGCAGUCACCAUGUUGUCCCGCAGCACUGUCCUCAUCUUCCAGCCGCAAUGGGGCCAAGUCAGGAGCAUGGCAACUCUAAAAGACAUUACCAGACGCUUGAAAUCCAUCAAGAACAUUCAAAAGAUUACAAAGUCCAUGAAGAUGGUGGCAGCAGCAAAGUAUGCCAGAGCUGAAAGGGAACUAAAGCCAGCUCGUGUAUAUGGAACGGGAGCUCUGGCUUUGUAUGAGAAAGCUGAAAUUAAAUCUCCUCAAGACGAAAAGAAGCACCUGCUCAUUGGCAUUUCCUCUGACAGAGGGCUGUGUGGUGGUAUUCAUUCCAGUGUGGCAAAAUAUAUUAAGAAUGAAAUAGCUACUCUUUCUGGGACUGGAAAGGAUGUUAUGGUGGUUGGUGUUGGGGACAAGCUGAGAGGAAUUCUCCAAAGGUCUCAUGGAUCGCAUUUGCUUCUGACCUUUAAAGAAGUUGGUAGAAAACCCCCUACCUUUGGUGAUGCUUCAGUCAUUGCAUCUGAGCUGCUGAACUCUGGAUAUGAAUUUGACCAAGGAUCUGUUGUGUUUAAUAGAUUCAGAUCCGUCAUUUCCUACAGGACAGAGGGAAAGCCAGUUUUCUCUCUAGAAACCGUUUCAAAUUCAGAAAGUAUCAGUGUCUAUGAUGAUAUUGAUGCUGAUGUGUUGAGAAACUAUCAGGAGUAUGCUUUGGUAAAUAUUAUCUAUUACACUCUGAAAGAGUCUGCUACAAGCGAGCAGAGUGCCAGGAUGACUGCUAUGGACAACGCAAGCAAGAAUGCCUCUGACAUAAUUGAAAAGCUGACCUUAACAUUCAAUCGCACUCGUCAAGCUGUCAUCACCAAGGAACUCAUUGAGAUCAUUUCUGGUGCUGCUGCUCUGGGGUGAAAUGAAUGUCAGCGUGAUCCAAGGUCAUAAGAUAAUGUACCAACUGUUUGUCAUGACGUCUGAUUUUAAAUGCCUCAGCAAGUGGUGGUCCAGUUUAUGAAGAAAACAAUAUUUGUAAAUUAUAUUACAAUAAACAGCUUACAUGGACAGAA